UAUUAGCGGAGUUGAAUGAUGGUUAUGUCAGUGAUGAUGCAAGAUUUUAGUGUAGUUGACAAUCGACAAGUUAUAUAAUUGGCUAGAGUCUCCAGUAGCUUGUAGUUGUGGCUCGGAGUGUUUUGUUUACUGUUCCAGGUGAAAUAAUGGCAGGUCGUCAAUGCUGUGCGAAUCCUCCAAACUUGAACCCAAGUAGUGGAGCAGGCCAUGUUGAGAAGCUUGGUGGACUCAGCACUUAUGUCACUGGCUCUACCCACUCCAAGCUUGGCGUUCUUCUUGUUUCUGACGUUUAUGGGUAUGAAGCUCCAAACUUGAGAAAGCUGGCAGACAAAAUUGCAGCUGCUGGAUUCUAUGUGGCAGCUCCUGACUUCUUUUAUGGAGAUCCAUAUGUAGUUAAUCCUGAAAGACCUAUACAAGCUUGGAUAAAAGAUCAUGGAGCGGAUAAGGGUUUUGAUGAUGCAAAGCCAGUAAUUCAAGAUCUUAAGAGUAAAGGUAUAUCUGCAAUUGGGGCUGUAGGAUUUUGCUGGGGUGCUAAAGUUGUAGUUCAACUUGCGAAGGGUGAAUUUAUCAAAGCUGCUGUGCUGUGUCAUCCUUCAUUUGUCACUCAUGACGAUAUCAAGGCGGUUAAGGUUCCCAUUGCCAUACUGGGAGCUGAAAUUGAUCAGCUUUCUCCACCUGCACUUGUGAAAGAGUUUGAAGAGAUCCUUACUACUAAACCUGAGGUUGAUGCUUUUGUGAAAAUAUUCCCAAAAGUUUCACAUGGCUGGACAGUGCGAUACAACACAGAAGAUCCCGACGCUGUCAAGUGUGCAGAUGAAGCUCAUCAGAACACACUGGAGUGGUUUGCCAAGUAUGUCAAGUGACAAGCUUCCCAGAUGAUAGUAAUGGUAUAUGUGUUCUCUAUGUAUCAAUAAUUGAAGACUUCCAAGAGAUUUAUCAUCUGUGAUGUCUGAAGUACCGAAUUAGUAUGCAUCUUAUAAUGUGUAAAAUGUGUCUGCCUGUGACUGAGUUAUGCAGUUAAAUGUGUUUCUCUGUGGAGUUAUGUACCUGUCUGUGUAGUAGAUUGUGAAAUCUUCAAGACCAAUGAUGUUUGUUCGGCAA